AUGAAAAUAACUUCUAGUUUUUAUUUAAUAUUUCUAGCUGUUGAAUUAUCAAUAUGUUGGAUAAUAAAUAAUCUGUCUACAUAUCAUCCACUUGCUGUCAUAGAAAUAAUUAAUGAUGAAUAAUUUGAGAUACUUUAAAAUGGAUUUGGAAUUUGGAGCAAAUAUUAGCCACUAAGUAACUUCGAAUAAAUUGGGGAAAUUGGAUAAUUAGAUAGUUAUUGUUUUCAUCUGUUUAGAAUAGAAGAUAGAAUAACUAAUGAAUUGCAUUUUGUAUACUAUGAAUGCAUUACUUUUGAAACUAAAACGAUCAAGAAAUAUUUUUAAUUUUUAAGUCAUGAUGGAAGUAAUUUUAAAGAAGAAAUAUUAAUCAAUGAUUCAAUUUAUGAAUCUACCUGGUAUUUUGGGGGAAUAUUAUAGAUUUCUUCAGAAAACUUAAUUUUUAUUCCUAUAUAUAAAGAAAAGAAUUAGAUUUUUUUAAAAUUAAUCACAUCAGGGUUUUUAUCUAAUGAAAAUAAUUAUAAUUUAAUUAUUGGAGGAGACUUUUAAGUAAAUAGGGACUCAUAACUUUAUACUUUUGAAAAUAGAUUUCUUUCAUCUUUUCCUGGAUAAAUUAUUUAUAUUGAGGAUGGCUACUUUUUUUAAACUGAUUAUUACUUUGAGAUGAUUGAAUAAUUGUAAAUUAAUGCCUGUUCUUGUAAAAGUAAUUUGAUAAGUCUGAUAAAUGAUCUUAAAAUUGAAAAAUAAGAUUAAUAUGAGUUUAUCUCCGAGAAACCUAAUUGUUAAUAAUUUAUAUUAUCAGUUUGGAUUAAAAUUCAUGAAAUACAUUUAAUUGAAAAUGAAUUUUAUUAUUAAUUAAUGAGGUUAUCAGGAAAUUUUUAGGAUCCAUAAAUGGUUGAUGCAAAUUUGUGUGCAUUUUAAUUAUUUUACAAAAUAUCUUAAUUGGAAAACCAAAUAAUUAUAACAACUUAUAGCUAUACUUUUCCAUCAAUCAAUAUUGAUUUUUCAAAUAAUCCUUUUUUAAAGACCUAAACACUCAAUAUCGAUUGGGAUAUUUAAUAAUUAUGGCAUUAUAUUCUUGUAGAAAAAAAAGAAAGCUCAAUUUAGAUGUAAGUAAUAUUUUAUAAGGGUGUAAAUCAAAAAGAAUUUAAUCUAAGCUUUGAAGUUAUGUAAUUUAAUAAUGUGCAAUUUAAAUUGUUAAUUGGGAAUAUUUUUUAAUCCGAAAAAAACUUUUUGGAGGUUUAAGUUGUUGGGAUAGAAUUUAUAAAUUGCCCAGAUGACAAUAAAUAGAAAAUAGGUUGCCAUCCUACUUGCAAAGAAUGUGAUGGUCCAACAAAAAAUGAUUGUUUAUCUUGUUUUGAAUCAAAAAACAGAAAAUAUUUAGAAGAUUUUAAGGAAUGUGUUUGUUGGUACGGAACCAUAGAUUAAGAUUAUUAAUGUAAUAAUUAUUAAGCUUUACAAUAUACUUUAAUGAAAGAGGAACUUAUAAAUGAACAAUGCAAAUAUGGUUUUUUUGAAUAUGAUGCAAAUUGCUAUUAAUGGUAUUAUUUAUAAUUAUGAACAAAGUCCUUCAAUAAUUAAUGCUAAUUUCAUCACUUGUUUGGAAUGUAUAUAAGAUCCUAAAAAAUGGGCUUAGAAACUUAUUUGUUAGACUACAUUAAUAAUAGAUAAAAAUGGAAAUGCAGUCUAAUAUUUAUAAAAUGUUCAAUAAAAAUAUUAUUUGAUAGGCAAUGAUUUAUUAUACUGUCCACAUUGUGAUUUAAUAGGUCCAUUUUAAAGUGAGAUUGAAUCUAUUUAAGAAUUUAAUUCUUAUUGUAAAUCAUCACAGUCAAUACAUGAUGUAUGUUAUUUUUGUGGAUAUGAUUGUGGUGAAUUUAAAGCAUCACCAAUACAUUCGUCUACUAUGAUAAAAACCGAUUUUCAAACAUAAGCCCCAUGGUUUUACAAUUAGAAAAUAUGCGAUCCUCCAAAUUUUAUAGAUUUUACAGAAAAAUGUGUUGAUUGUAAAAUAAAAAAUUGUUUAUAUUGUUUCAAUUAUUUAGAAAGCGAUCCUACAAAAACUACAUUAGGUUUUUAAGAAUAAUACUCUCUUAUUGAUGAAGAAAUUAAGGUAGGAUGUGCUUAAUGUAUAGAAGGAUUUAUUUACGAAUUCUAAACAGGAAAAUGCAUUAACUAGCGACCAUCUUAAGAAAAUUGUCUUCGAUCCUAUAUUAAUCUGAAAAAUUAAGAAAUUUGCACAUUAUCAGCAAUAGAUGAUUUUAAUAUUGCUUUUGAAAUCAUAAACUGUUAAAGCUACAUUUUAUAUUGUCAACAAUGUAUCAAAACCAUUUAUUCAACACUUAAAUGUUUAAUUUGUGAGGAUAAUUUUUAUACAUCUUCAAAAACAGGGGUCUGUUAAAAAUGCAAUCUUCCUUACACAAAAAAAUGUUUUUUUGACAACUAUUUAGAUCCAUGGAAAUGGUAAGUUCAAGGUUUUACUAUUUAAUUUUUGCCUAAUCGACCUAUUUUUACAAAGAGUGUAAUUAGACCACAUGUUAUAGCUACUGAAUGCAUUGAAGGGUAUUAAAUAUUAUUCGAGAGUUGUUAAAAAUAUUGUGAUUAAGAUUGUGUUGUUUGCAAAAGCUUUCAAAACUAAAGAUUUGAUUGCUCCAAAUGCUCUUUGAACUAUUAUAAGGAAAGAAUAAUUAGUGUGGAUAAUGGAAAAUGCAUUCAAUGUCCUUAAUUAUGUCAAAUUUGCUAAAAUAGAUCAAUUUAAGAAAUAAAGGUAAAAAUCUUUAUAAAAUUAGGAACUUAAUCCAUAUUUUAUUAUAACUCCUGAAAAUCUCAUAUACACAUAAAAAUGCAUUUAAAAGAUCCCAUUAGAAUUAGUCCAUUUAGAUUCAAACUAAUUAGUUGCUUAAUAUUGUUUUGAAAAUAAUUGCAACUAUUAUUUAGAAUAUUAAUAUGUAUUAUAUUUAUUUUAUUUAGAAUCUUACUGAUUGUAAUCAUCUAGAUGAUAUCAAUUUCUAUUUAAAAAAUUACUUUUAAUAUUUAUAUCCUAAUGAAAUAGGCCUCUAAAAGAUUAAAUUAAUAGUCUAAGUAACCGAAUACUGCUUAUUUUAUUACACAAAAAUCUAUAUUGAGAAUUACUUUAAAGAACUAAUAUUUUCUAUAAAAUAAUCAAGUUUGAAGUUUUAAAAUUUCAAUUAUCCUUUAAUUAUGAGAUUACCAUUCUGGUUGUAAAUUUCAAAAUUUGAUUCAAUCAUUCUAAGUCAACUUUAAUUUAGUAUAUCUUCUGAGUUAACCUUAAUUUUCGGAAAUAAUAAUUCAUCAAUUGAUUUAAAGAUCCUUGAUACAGUAUUUUAUUCAUCUUUAAAUACUCCAGCAUAAAUAUAGAUUCAAGCAGAUAAAUUACUGAAUUUGCAUCUAUAAAAUAUCUCUAUUUUGAAUAUAAACAUAGAAAAUUCAUUAAUUUUUAAUAUUAAUUUUUCAGAUUACGGUUAGGAUUUCAUAAUUACCAAUUUUCUACUUCGAAAUUGUAUAUUAACUAAUUCAACGUUGUUUAAUUUUUAAAAUUCUUUGAAAAGCAUUACAAUCGAAAAUAUUAUAAUUGAUUCUUGUAAAUUUUAUAAUUCAGCUUUUGCAAACUUUAAUCAAAAGGAAUUUUCUAAAACUUUAUUUAAUGAAGUUUCAAUAAUCAACUCAUUAUUUUAAAAUUCUAACUUUAUAUGCAGUUUCGAGAAAAUGAGUCUUAAUAUUAGUAAUAUUUCUAUUUAAAAGAAUCAAAUUCUAAAUACUAAUUUCAUCAUUUUUAAUUCUAACCUUUAUUGUAAUAAUAUUUUUUUAAAGGAUAAUAACUUAAUUUGGUUUAAAUUUAUAUCAUAAAGCUAAUCACUAACCUAAGAUUAAGAAAUUUUAAUUAAUAAUAUACAAAUUUCUGGAAAUACUGUAAACCAUUUUUUUAUUUAUAUUACAGAAUAAAAGUAAACACUCUCUCAACGGAUAAUCUAAUUAAUAAACUUUUAUUUUGAAGAAAAUAUUAUUUCUUGCAGUUAAGAAUAGUAUUUACUCAUAAUUAAUUGUUUUAACUUAACUAUGUAAAAUAUCUUUCUAAGAAAUACAACAAAUUUUGAAUUCAUAUCUAUAUUUGCUACUCCUUUUAUAAAUAUUAUAAACAUAAUUUACGAGAAUCAAAUCCAAAAACUAAAAGUAAGAAUAUAACCUGAUUGUUUUGAAAAUUGUAUUCCUCACUCUUCAUUACUAUUUAUUUCUGGAUUUGCUAAUAUAACAUUAAAUUAAAUUUAGAUUAUUAAUUCAUUUAGUAUUGAUAAAUCUAUAAUUUCAAUUUAAUCAAAUCCAUUGAUAUUAUUGACUAAAUAAAAAGAAUAUAUUAAAAUUAAAGAUAUGCUAAUAAAUGGAAAUAUAUUAAUAAAAUUAAAUUAAGGAACUAUUAUUUCCUUGAUAGAAGUAACUUCUACAAAAUUUUAAAUUAUAGAAAUAGAAAAUCUAAACUUUUUUGAAAAUGUUUUUCACUAAUAUUAUGAAGAUCUCUCUGAAACCUUUGCCAGUCUUUUGUAUGUAGAUUCAGGACCAAGUUUUAUUGUAAUUAAAAACAUUAAUUGCUCUAAUAAUUCUAUAACAAAUUCUUCUUCAGGGUAUAUAUCAAUUUUCUCAAAUGAAAUAUAAAUUGAAAAUUUUUAAGCAAUUUAUCAUAAUUAUAUCGAUUAAAAAUUUUGGAUUCAAUAUUAUGAAAUUUAAAUAAUGGGAAAUUUUAAUCAAAAAGAAAUUUCUUAUAUAAUCUCUAAAAUUUAUUAAUUUGAGAAUAUAAGAGGUUCUUUAUAAAUAUUAGCUAACAAAUUUACAUUGUAUUAUGGGUCUUUUAGUUAUAUAUAAGCAAAAGGAAGUUCAAUUUUUAAUAUCAACCUCCUAAGAUAAGGAAUAGUAAUUAUAUCAAACUGUAGUAUUACUCAUGUUUAUAAUUCAUAUAUAUCAAAUUUUCAAAAUGAUGGUGUAAUUACAAUUAAUGCCAAAAAAAGUUAAUUUACACUUUAUCUUUAAAAUCUCACUUUAAAGGAUGUUAUAAAUAAGCUUUCCUCUUCCAUAUUGACAAUAUACCCAUCACCCUCUUAAAAUAUUAUCCAUUUAAAAAAUAUCUUUGUAAAAAACUGUUUUUCGCUUAUCAAUUAGAUACUCAAUUUUGAAUUUGAUUUAAAAAAUGCUCAAAAAAACAUUGUAAAAAUAGAAAAUUUUAGAAUUUUUUAGCUCGAAAAUGCCCUUUAAAUUUUUCUUUAAUCUGUUGGAAAACUUAAUCAAAUUGAUUUGUAAAAAAUGAUAAACAAUAAUGCCAUCAUGAACUUUUUAGGAUGUUCUUUAACUUUAAAUGAAAUUCAAAUGGAUGGAAUAAUAAUGUCAUCUGUUUUAAAAAUUACAGAUUCAGAAAAAUUAUCUAUAAGGAAUCUCCUAUUUAUUAAUAUUUUAACUUUUUAUCCCCUGCAUUUAAUUGAGAUGUAAUAAAGCAAUAUUGUGUAAUCAAAGAUGUAUUUAAAUAAUAUAAAAAUCUAAAAUCUUAAUGAUUUCUAAUUCACUAAUUAUGAUUACUAUUAUUUUAAUUAUAAUCAUAUUGAUGUAAAUCUAGAUUAAUGUAGCUUAAUAAGUAAUUAUCUAGAUGAAUAAAUUCAAAAAAAUGAGCUUGUUUAAACUUUUUUUGAAGAAAUUCGUUCUAAUUCAAACCAGAAUGGAUCCUUAAUCAAAGUAAAAAGUUUGACAAAUUAAACUAUUGUUUCUUUUAAUAAGAUUUUUAUUUUGAAUAACAACUGCUAAUAUUGUUAUGAAGGUUUAUUAUUUUUUGACAUAAGCGCUUUUAAAAAAAUAUAAAUCUCUGAACUAUUUUGCAUAAAGAACUUUAUCAAUAAUUAUGGUUGUAUUUUGGCGAAAUCAAAUAGAAAAAUUGAGUCUAAAAUAUAAAUAGAUUAUUCAAGCUUUAUAUCUAACAAUGGUAGAUAAGGAUCUGGUCUGUUUAUCUAAAAUUUAAAAGUUAAAUUAUCAAAUUCUAAAAUUAUUAAUAAUACUGCUAGUUCUAUUGGAGGUGGUUUUUAUUUUGAAGAAGGUUCUGAAAGAUUUACUAUUUAAUCUAGCAUAAUUUGUAAUAACAAAGCAGCCUUAGCAGGAGGCAUAUAUUUAAAUGGAAAUAGCAGUUUGAGUUAAAAUAAUUUCAUCUAGUCAUUUCUCUUAUUUAAUGAAGCUUAAUUAUCCUCAGAUAAUCUAAAUGAAUUACCAACACGAUUGAUAUUAUAAAUAAAUUUACAAGAAAUGUUUUCAUAAGAACAUUAAAUUGAAUAAAACCCCUAUUAGAUUUUAAAAUUAAGACCCUUUUAUAUCAUAUCUUAAGGAAGUGUCAUAUAAUCUAAUUUUUUACUUAUUCCUAGCGGGUAAUAGAUAUAGAAUUAUCAACUUUAUAAUUCUAAGCUUUAGAAAUAUUAAUCUUAUCUAGAUGAAUUCACUAUAAUGUUAAAAAAUAGUAUGAAUGAAAAAUUAAUUACCUUUGAUAAUUCAACCUGCAAAAUAUAUUAAUAAAUUUUUGAUAUUCAAUCAUCAAAAGUAAUUGAAUUAACAUAAAUUUCAAUAAUUCAUUUUAAUUAAGAUACAAAAAGUUUUAAUUUAAGUUCAUUAGAAUUUAAUUUAGAUCCAUAUUUGCAGGAUAACAAAAUAUACGAAAUAUUAAUUUAUUGUAAUACACAAUAUUAGUAAGAGAGCUUAGCCUAUAGAAUAAGAGUUAAUAGUUUCUUAUGUUAAUUAGGAGAAUUUUACAUUUUUUCUGGUUGUUAAAGAUGUAAAUCUGAAUAAGGAUUUUAUUCUGUGACAUAUAAUACUACAAAAUGUUCAAUUUUUGAUAAAAAUAAAUUUGAAGCUAUUACAUCGAAUAGAAUUUAAUUAAAACCUGGAUUUUGGAGACCAAAUUAAAUUUCUGACUUUGUAGAAUAUUGCUAUAAAAAUCCAAUUAAUUGUCUAGGAGGAUGGAAUGUAGGUAAUGAUCUCUGUUCAAUUGGACAUUUAGGAGGAUAUUGUGAAGAAUGUGAUAGAUUUAAUAUAAGAGGAGAUGGAAAAUUCUUUAAAAAUUAAUAAUAAGUGGAUUGUUAAUAAUGUCAAGAGCUUUCUUCAAGACUUUUAACUUUUUUUCUUUUAUCAAUUUGGUAUAUUUUUAUUAAAUUUAUGAUAGGGCUGUUGUUUCCACUCUUUUAACAAUCAAAAGUAUUGAAAAAUCAAAUUAACUCUUUACAUAACUUAAAAUUAGAUAAAAUUUUACAGAAAUUUUGUUCAAACUCAAUUAAGGUAAAGUGAUAUAAAUAUUUUAGAUCAUGAAAGUAUCUUACUGAAAUUAUUUUUAAAUUAUUUAUGGGUAUUUUCUCUCAUAUUUACAUUUAAUAUUAACUUUUCAUUUUAAUUAAACUUUAUCAAACAGUCUAAUGAUACUUCUUAUUUUAUGGCUAACUAUUUUGAAUGUUUUUUAGCAGAAAUUUCAGUGAUGGAAUUAAUGUACAGUAGAAUUUUAGUAAUGCUGGGAUUGAUGAUCAGCUAAAUAGUAAUUAUAUUUAUCGGAUUUUAAAUAAUAUCAUUAUUUAAAAAAUCUAAAUUCCAUAGCAGAAUUAUUACAAUUGCUUGUCUUUAUUUAUAUAUCUAAAAUUAUGCCUCAUUGAUCAAUCAGUAAAAUUUAUAAUUAUAUUUAGAUUUUUUUUAAUUUUAGCAGUUAGGAAGAUAUCAAAUUUAAGUUAUAUAUCUGGAGAUGUAUCCUUGAUUUAUGGUUCAUAAAAUCAUAUUACAUGGAUUUAUGCAUUUGCAAUACCUGGAUCUAUAUUAGUAGGAUUAAUAUUACCAGUAUCCUUAUUUUUAAUUUUGUACAUCAAUCAAGAUAAGCAUAAUAAAAUAAGUUUUAGAAGACAUAUUGGCUAUUUAUUUAAUGAAUAUACUAAAAAGAACUAUUUUUGGGAAAUGAUUAAAUUGUGGAAGAAAACCAUUAUUAUUAUUAUUCUAAUAUAUUUUGAAAGCGACAUCUUUUUGAAAGCUUCAAUAUUAGGGCUUUGUUUAUUGGUUUACUAGUUAACUGCUCAAUACUAUAAACCCUACAUACUAACUAAAUUUAAUAUUUAUGAUAUCUAAAGUGGUCAGUUAUGUUCAAUUGCAUUAUUUUUAGCAGUUGUAAAAUACACUUGCAAAUAAUAAGGAUAAUCAAAUCUUGAAAUAAUCAUUCAAACAAUUAUCAUUUUAAAUGGUGUAAUUUUGAGUUACCCAUUUAUUGUUAAUAUUCUGAGAGUCUAUUAUUCAAAAUAUAGGUUGCCAAUUUUAUCACUUUUAUUAUAUGCAUUUUAAAUUUUGAGACCUAAUUUUAUAUUUACAAAGUUUUUAAAAAAAAAGUUAGAUUUCCUAAGAUAGAAAGAAGAUAAAGUUAAAACUAAUAUCAAAAAUUUGAAAAAAGUCUUAUUUUAAAGAAACCUAGAAAACUUAAGGUAAUUUUAUUAUUUAAAUAUAAGCGUGAAAAAUAGUUGCUUACAGAGAGCUAAAUCACAGGCAAAUUCACUCAAAAUUACAAUAGCCUCCAAUUUAUUAAAAGAUAAUUAAUGA